GCCGCGGGGGCGGCGGCCACGCUCCUGUCCGGCCCGCUGCUGCCCUCGGCCCCGCGCCCCGGCCCCGGCCUCGCGCCGCCAUGGGCAAGAAGCACAAGAAGCACAAGACCGAGUGGCGCUCGUCCUACGAGGAUUACACAGACAAGCCCCUGGAGAAGCCCCUGAAGCUGGUCCUCAAGGUCGGAGGAAGUGAAGUGACCGAGCUCUCGGGGUCUGGGCACGACUCCAGUUACUACGACGACAGGUCAGACCACGAGCGCGAGCGGCACAGAGAAAAGAAGAAGAAGAAGAAGAAGAAAGCGGAGAAGGAGAAGCACCUCGAUGACGAAGAGAGAAGGAAGAGGAAGGAGGAGAAGAAGCGGAAGCGGGAGAAGGAGCACGGGGACACGGAGGGCGAGGCCGAUGACUUUGAUCCGGGGAAGAAGGUGGAGGUGGAGCCGCCCCCUGACCGGCCCGUGCGCGCCUGCCGCACCCAGGCGGCGGAGCACGAGAGCACGCCUAUCCAGCAGCUGCUGGAGCACUUCCUGCGCCAGCUCCAGAGGAAAGAUCCUCACGGAUUUUUUGCUUUUCCGGUCACGGAUGCGAUUGCGCCUGGUUACUCCAUGAUAAUAAAACACCCCAUGGAUUUCGGCACGAUGAAGGACAAGAUUGUGGCCAACGAGUACAAGUCGGUCACAGAAUUUAAGGCAGAUUUUAAGCUGAUGUGCGAUAACGCCAUGACCUACAACAGACCGGACACCGUGUACUACAAGUUAGCCAAGAAGAUCCUUCACGCGGGCUUUAAGAUGAUGAGCAAAGAGCGGCUGCUAGCCUUGAAGCGCAGCAUGCCGUUUGUGCAGGACGUGGAUUUCUCUCAGCAGGCAGCUCUUCUGGGCAGUGAAGACCCCGCCGCCGAGGAGCCCGUUGCCGAGGUAGCGCCCGUGCAAGUAGAAACUGCCAGGAAAUCCAAAAGGCCGAGCAGAGAGGUCAUCAGCUGCGUGUUCGAGCCGGAAGGAAACGCCUGCAGCCUGACUGACAGCACCGCGGAGGAGCAUGUGCUGGCCUUGGCGGAACAUGCGGCCGACGAGGCUCGGGACAGGGUCAGCCGGCUCCUCCCAGGGGGCAAGAUGGGCUACCUGAGGAAGAACGGGGACGGUGGCCUGCUCUACAGCGUGGUCAACACGGCCGAGCCGGACGCCGACGAGGAGGAGACCCACCCCGUGGACCUGAGCUCGCUCUCCAGCAAGCUGCUCCCCGGCUUUACCACGCUGGGCUUCAAAGACGAGAGAAGGGGCAAAGUGACGUUUUUGUCCAGUGCCACCACCGCACUGUCGACGCACAACUCAGUAUUCGGAGACUUGAAAUCGGAUGAAACCGAGCUGCUUUACUCUGCCUAUGGAGACGAGACGGGCGUGCAGUGUGCGCUGAGCCUGCAGGAGUUUGUGAAGGACGCUGGGAGCUACAGCAGGAAACUGGUGGACGACCUGCUGGACCAGAUCACCGGUGGGGACCACUCGCGACUGCUCUUCCAGCUGAGGCAGAGGCGGAAUGUUCCGGCGAAGCCUCCGGACGACGUGAAGGCUGGGGACUCGCUGGGUGACGGCGGCUCCGUCCUGGACUUCAUGUCGAUGAAGUCCUACUCGGACGCCUCUCUGGACAUCUCCGCGCUCGGCUCCCUGGGGAAGGUGAAGAAGGAGCUGGACGCCGAUGACAGCCACCUGAACUUGGACGAGACAGCGAAGCUUCUGCAGGAUCUGCACGAGGCACAGGCAGAGCGCGGGGGCUCCCGGCCGUCCUCCAACCUCAGCUCCCUGUCCAACACCUCCCCCUCCGACAGGGACCAGCACCACCUGGGAAGCCCUUCUCGCCUCAGUGUCGGGGAGCAGCCGGAGGUGACCCACGACCCAUACGAAUUCCUUCAGUCUCCAGAAGCUGCGGCUUCCGCGAAGAGCUAGCCUUGUGGAUAGUCUUCCGUUUUUUAAAUUUUUUUAUUUGCAUGUAACUGAGUUUUUGUCUUGAGACAAAGACUUUGAUUUUGUCCCUUUUGGCAUGUGGGGGGUCAUCUCUGGUAUCAUGUCGGCCGCGCACGGACCCAGUGUGUCUGCAUCGCCCCGGGAGUCCUGAACAGUGGAGGUCACACAGUGCGUGGCCAGGUGGGGCCGAGCCCGUGUGUGCCCGAGCUUUGAGCUGUUGGUCCGCCCAUGGGGCACUGUCUGCCCCAGCGCCCUUCCCAGAAGCCCCUUGGGAAGCAGACGUGCCUGUGGCAGGGUUCCUGCGUGUUCUCUGCCCCGCCCCCCACACCGCUGCGUCUCCGAAGGAGGUCAUGGAGGGCAGCGCCCUCCUGGCCUGGGACAGGCCCCGCGCUGCUGGUUCCUGUGCUGGGCAAGGCCUGCCUUCUGCUGGAGGGCCACACGGCCACGGGCUGUGUCGGAGACCUUUUUAUUCCGGUUGUGUUUACUGGAUGCGUGUUUACAUUUGCAGAACACAGAGAACUCAAUAAAGGACUGAGGGUUUGCGUGUA